AUGCUCUUGGCUCUCUGCAUCCUGGUGGCCACGCUCGGCCGCUUUGUCCAGCGUGAGCGCGUCGGGCCGUCUACCCAGCUAUUCAUCGAGAAUAGGGUCGAUCACUUCAACCCCUUUAAUCAGGAUGUAUUCAGGCAGAGAUACUAUUACAAUUCAGAAUUCGUUAGAGACGGCUCGCACGUGGCCAUAUUAGAGAUAGGAGGAGAAGGGGAAAUCAACUCUGCCCCUGGUGGCACAAAGUCAAACCCGGAUAUCCUGGGGAGAAUAGCGGACAACUAUGGAGCGCACAUCUUUGUUCUUGAGCACAGAUUCUAUGGCAUAUCCCAUCCUUUCCAGCAUACCUCAGAGAAGUACGAUGUCGGAACUGACAAGCUCCGCUAUCUCUCCAGCAAACAAGCCCAAAGCGACCUCCUGUACUUUAUUUCUGUUAUGGAUGAUAGGCUAUGUCCAGCUAACAGCAAGGACGGCUCCUUCAAGCGCAUUGAGGGGCGUACAUGUUUCCAGUGGGUUAUCGUCGGAGGCUCCUAUCCGGGUGCGGUGACGGGUUGGAUUUACCAGCGCCACCCCAAUCUCUUUGCAGCGGGCCUGAGCAGCUCUGGCGUCGUUAAUGCACGCUACGAAAUCCCAGAAUUUGACACACACACGCUCAUGGUUCCCGGUGCACCGUGUUCUGACGCACUCUACCAAGCACAGCACGAGGCUACGCGCCAGGUAGAAGCAGGAGAAGACAACAUAGUUUAUGAGAGGCUUGGAAUCCGUACAGACGCAGACAAGAGCGAUAUUCACUACUUUAUUGCAGACACCAUGCUUAUGUGCUUCCAGUACGGGAAAUCCAAGUCAUGUUGCGACAGCCGCUUGUCAAAAGCAUGGGAGGGGCACGGAGACAUCUUAGACGCCCUUGUGGACUACUUGUCAACCUCCUCCUUUGACUCCUACGACUCCAUCAAUCUAGCCUCCGACACGGCCAAGCACUCAGAUGCCUUUAGGCAGUGGUGGUGGCAGACGUGCACAGAAGUCGCAUACUACCAGCCUGCGCCACUGAUCAAUAGUCUUCGCUCGGAGAAGAUCACUACUCAGUGGCACCUCGAUAUGUGCAAAAAGAUCUUUGAUGGCCUGGACCUGGGAAACCCGACAAUCAAGACCAACGAAUUCUACGGCGGCGAGCACGUCAAGGCUGACGACGUCUUCUUCAGUAACUUCUGGCAAGACCCUUGGCACAUGUGUAGCAUGACCGACGACAUGGGCGGCCAGAAAGAUAAUAUCGGCUUUAUCCGUUGCAAGGAUUGCGGCCAUUGCGUAGAUCUUCAUCUGCCCCAGGAGACAGACCCCAUAGAACUGGUAGAGCUUCGUGACAGGAUUUAUUCUUUCAUCGUGGAGCGCGUGGACUCUAUUCUUAAUAGGGUAGGGUAA